AUGCUUCCUGCUAUGUCCAUGCCUAUGAUACUACCGAUAAGAAAUCAGAGCAGGAAAAUGGCUACGCAGCCACCACAGACUACAUUUCAGCCACCGAGUCGAAGUCAAUCAGUUCGGGAAAGCAAUUCCAAUUUAACAGAUAAUGAAAUUGGAAUAAUACAGCAAAUUUGGGGAUCAUUGGACAUGCGUUUUGAGGAUGAUGUGGCAAAACAAUCUGACAACGACUGCUCUAUCCAAAAAAUAGUGCCAAAGUUGACGAUUCUGGAGGUUCAAAAAAGGGCGAAGUCAAAAAACCUUAAAUCAACACCUCUUCGAGAAUUCGAAGUGAGAUUGCAAAAUAACAUAUAUGUAUACUUUAAAUCACAUUGCCGGCCAAGGGGUUCGCCAUAUGCAAACGUAGCACAUCAAAUGACUCCUGAAGACUUUCUGUUUGAUUUGUAUUUGUCGGCUGUCUUAAAGUUGUUGAGCACACUUAUCUGGCAAGCAGAAGAUGGAGAGACUACGAUCCAAGAAGCACGGAAAAUAAGCGCAACUAUAUGGAGGUUCAAUGUGUGGCAUUACAACUUGAUUGGCGAAGGGAUGGUUUCAACUAUCUUGGAAAUGCUUGGUCGAGAAAACUUCUCAUACGAUACCGAAUAUACAUGGAUUAAGUUCUAUAAUAAAGUUGCCAAUCUAGUGCAGUCGCAAACUGAAGUACCUCCUACAUAA